UCAAACAGGCAAGUUUACAGUAUUGGGUAAGGGAAGGAAAAAAAAAAAAAAGAAAGAAGGAAGGGUAAAGAAUAGAAGGUGGAACAAGAUUCAGAAUGGAGACCGGGACAGACGGGAAAGAAGAAGAGGACAGUUGCGUUAUUUAUUCAGCACGUCUGCCCUCCAGAGAUGACAUUAGGGCUCGGCUGCUCUACUUUUUGGAGGACCAGAUGCACACCAGUAUGUGGACGGGUGUGCUGAUUGGUGUCGCAGCUGCUGUCUCACUCAUUAGUGUCAUCGUAUUCUUGCUGUACAGAAGAUACAAAGCAAAACAACAAACUGGAGCUCCAAAGUAUCGCUUCAGGAAAAGGGAUAAAGUGAUGUUUUAUGGACGAAAAAUCAUGAGAAAGGUGCAGACGUUAUCCUCCUCAACCAAUUCAGGUCCAAUUUCUCAAAAACGAACCAGAAAGAGAACCAAAGUUCUUUCAAUUGCACGCAAGAUUUUGCGUAUUCGGCGGGAGCCUCCCACACUUCAGCCCAAGGAGCCGCCUCCGUCAGUUCUGGAGGCAGAUUUGACCGAGAAUGACGUUCAAAAUUCUCACCUGCCUUCUGAGGUGCUGUACAUGCUGAAGAACGUCAGGGUUCUGGGUCACUUUGAGAAGCCCCUGUUCCUGGAACUGUGCCGUCACAUGGUGUUCGUGGAGCUGCAGCAGGGAGAGGGACUUUUCCGGCCUGGAGACACAGACGAUAGCAUCUUUGUGGUGCAGAACGGCCGACUGGACCUCUGUGUUCAUCAGGUUGAUGGCACAGAGCUGGUGGUAAAGCAUGUGUUGCCUGGAGACAGUGUUCACAGUCUGCUUAGUAUCCUGGAUGUCAUCACUGGACAUCCAGCCCCCUAUAAGACAGUAUCCGCCCGCGCUGCAGCUCCGUCCACUGUGCUCCGUCUCCCUGCUGCAGCAUUUCAGUCAGUGUUUGAGAAAUAUCCUGAAACGCUGGUCCGAGUCGUUCAGAUCAUGAUGGUGCGUCUGCAGAGAGUGACCUUCCUUGCUUUGUACAACUACCUGGGGCUGACCACCGAGCUGUUUAACCCGGAAAGUCAGGCUGUUCCUCUGGAGAAUGUAGCCAGAGUGCUAGGUGACGGAAGUCCAGGCCGAAGCCAUCACAGACACGCACACACUGGAGAGGAAGCUAUAACUGAGAAACUUGCUCACGGAAGCACAGAGAAGCAAACCGAUGCAGGUGACGCAAAGCCCAGACCGAUGCAGAGUCCCAGAGCGGCCUUCAGGAAAUCUCGUUCCAUGUCCACUCCGUUAGAAAGCUCACUUUCAGCAGGAGGUGGUGAUCUAAACACUGCCUUCGAGGGACUGACUAAAACUGCACUUCCUCCAAACCCUGUAGUGUAUAAGUCGAUUCUGAAGAAGACCGUGACCAUGCAGCCUGCUCCUUCUGCCGUGUAUCACUACUCUGACACCGGGGGGCACUCUGGCCACGUCCACUACAACAAAGUCAACGCCAUCUUUCAGGCUGCCAAGAAAGACCUGCUCAAGAUCAUUCAGCUCCAGGACCCAAGUCUUCUGGAAGGCAGAGUUACUCUGAGACACGUGAAGGCUGGAAGUGUGGUUGCAAAACAAGGAGACCAGGAUGUGAGCAUGCAGUUUGUGAUCUCUGGCAUGCUGCACGUAUAUCAGCGGAUGAUCGACAGAGACGAGGACUCUUGUCUGUUCGUGACUCACCCGGGUGAGCUGGUGGGUCACCUGUCCGUGCUCACUGGAGAGCCGCUCAUCUUCAGCGUACGUGCGCACCGUGACUGCAGCUUCCUGUCUAUCUCCAAAACACACUUUUAUGAGAUCAUGCGUGAGGAGCCACAGGUGGUGUUGAACGUGGCUCACACAGUGGUGCGCAGACUCUCGCCCUUUGUCAGACAGUUUGAUUUUGCACUCGACUGGAUGGCAGUGGAGGCUGGAAGGGCCGUUUAUAGGCAGGAUGAAAAGUCAGACAGCACCUUCAUCGUACUGAGCGGUCGUCUGCGCUCCGUCAUCAUGAGGGAGGACAAGAAAAAAGAGCUGGCUGGAGAGUACGGGAGAGGCGACCUCAUUGGUGUGGUGGAAGCUCUGACCCAUAUGAACCGAGCCACCACAGUUCACGCAGUGAGAGACUCCGAGCUGGCCAAGCUGCCUGAAGGAGCGCUGAUCUCCAUCAAAAGAAAAUACCCUCAGGUUGUGACGAGGCUGAUUCACCUCCUCGGUCAGAAGAUCCUGGGAAACAUGCAGCAAGUCAGUGGACCGUUAUCAGCUCAUGGUUUGGGUCUGCACUCUUCUGGCAGUAAGUGGGAUGCAGGUAAUCCUGUCUCCAACCUGUCAACCGUUUCCAUCCUGCCUGUUUCUGAUGACGUGCCCAUGACAUCCUUUGCUCUGGAGCUGCAGCACGCUCUCAGUGCUAUCGGGCCCACUUUACUCCUGACCAGUGACAUCAUCAAACAGCGCCUGGGUGCCGCAGCACUUGACAGUGUUCAUGAGUAUCGGUUGUCCAGUUGGCUGGGCCAGCAGGAGGACAUCCACAGGAUCGUUGUGUAUCAGUCAGAUGGAACACUGACUCCGUGGACGCAACGCUGUAUCCGCCAGGCCGACUGUAUUCUCAUUGUGGGCCUGGGAGAGCAAGAACCCACUGUAGGAGAGCUGGAGCAGAUGUUGGAGGGCAGCGCGGUUCGGGCUCAGAAGCAGCUGGUGCUCCUGCAUCGGGAGGACGGACCUCCACCUCGAGGAACAGCUGAGUGGCUGAACAUGCGCAGCUGGAUCUCCAGACAUCUGCACCUGUCCUGCCCUCGUAGGGUUUUCAGUCGCAGGAGCCUGCCCAAACUGAGAGAGAUGUAUCAGCGUGUGUUUGAGAAGCCUCCAGAUCGCCACUCUGAUUUCUCUCGCCUGGCCCGAUUGCUGACAGGCAAUGCCAUAGCCCUGGUGCUAGGGGGAGGAGGUGCUAGAGGCUGCUCUCAGGUGGGCAUCAUCCAGGCUCUGUGUGAAGCAGGGAUUCCGGUUGAUCUGGUGGGCGGCACUUCUAUCGGCUCCCUGAUGGGGGCGCUGUUUGCCGAGGAGAGAAGCUACAGCCGAAUGAGAGUCAGAGCACGUGAAUGGGCCAUGGAAUUUGGGUCAAUGUUUAAGAAAAUCCUAGACCUGACGUAUCCAGUGACCUCCAUGUUUACCGGGGCGUCCUUUAACUCCAGCAUCAGUGCAAUGUUUAAGGACAAACAAAUUGAGGACCUCUGGAUUCCAUACUUUAACAUCACGACAGAUAUCAGCGCCUCUGCCAUGAGAGUGCACACCGACGGCUCUCUAUGGAGGUACGUGCGUGCCAGCAUGUCUCUCUCGGGCUAUUUGCCUCCACUCUGUGACCCGAAAGAUGGACAUUUACUCAUGGACGGUGGCUAUAUCAACAAUCUGCCUGCUGAUGUAGCUCACUCGAUGGGUGCCAAAGUAGUGAUUGCGAUUGACGUGGGCAGCCAGGAUGAGACCAACCUCACCAACUAUGGAGACUCUCUAUCCGGGUGGUGGCUGCUAUGGAAACGCUUGAACCCUCUCGCGGAGAGAGUGAAGGUGCUGAACAUGGCGGAGAUCCAGACGCGACUGGCCUACGUGUGCUGCGUGCGUCAGAUGGAAUUGGUAAAAGACAGCAACUACUGCGAGUACAUCCGGCCUGCUAUCGACCGCUAUGGCACUCUGGAGUUCGGCAAAUUCGACGAGAUCGCUGAUGUGGGCUAUCAGCACGGGAAGACGGUGUUUGACGUGUGGUGCCGCAGUGGUGUGGUGGAGAAAAUGCUGAAGGAUCGACACCAGGAGGAGUUCCACAAGACAAAGAGCACCAAUGUGGUGACCUGUCCUAAUGCCUCGUUCACUGACCUGGCUGAGAUCGUGUCCCGGAUAGAUCCAGUGAAGCAGGUCAUAGCGAACGAGGAUUCGGAGUAUCACACAGACUAUGAUGAGGACAUGGUGCUGUCCGACUUUGACCUGUCCAACCCCAGCAGUGAGCCUGAGCAGACGGAGGACGAGAACACAGACGAGACAGCUGACACUGCCGAUACAGAUGAAGAAAUCAAGAUGGUGAGGAGACAAAGACGGCACCGGAACACCAAUCAUACAAGCCAUGACACGGAAUGAGGAAGGAGUGAGGAUACUCGGUGUGUAACGAUCAGACGGUUUGGAUCAAUGACUAUCAGACGAUUUAAGAGGCAAUGAUUGGAAUCAUAAAUUGACCAUUUUAUACAGUUAUAAGCCAUGUAUGAUGAGAGUGACUGGAAUAACUGUUUUAUUCUAUCCACAUUCACUGGAUUUUGAGAAACAAAGCAUUUUUAUUUUUUGUAAACUCAUCUCAUCUCAUUAUCUCUAGCUACUUUAUCCUUCUACAGGGUCGCAGGCAAGCUGGAGCCUAUCCCAGCUGACUACGGGCGAAAGGCGGGGAACACCCUGGACAAGUCGCCAGGUCAUCACAGGGCUGACACAUAGACACAGACAACCAUUCACACUCACAUUCACACCUACGGUCAAUUUAGAGU